CCACUCGCAAAGCGGGGUCACCUUCUAUCGCUGCAACAGAGACUGGCAGCUAUCGCUCCAUACAGCUGGACUGCUGCAACCCGCAUCGGGCUUUGCUCAUCACAGGAGAGGAGGAGUGAGCAACACUUUGGUCCUGGAAUUGGAAGGGAAAGGUUAAAGCUGCAGGAAUUCUGUCAGUGAGCAAUCCCUGGGGCGGAUGGAAACCUGAGCAGUUUACUGUUUAAAAAGUGUUUCAGUGCAGGACGAUCUGAGCUCUGGUGCACACACUCCCAGCUUCCAGCCUCUGCUUCCACAUCCAGGAUAAUGUCCGGCUCCUACGAUGAGUGCGCAGGCUUUGAUGAAGCCACGGACAGCUUCUGGGAGGUGGGUAACUACAAGCGAGCAGUGAAGCGGAUUGACGAUGGCCACAGGCUCUGUAACGACCUCAUGAACUGUGUCCACGAGCGAGCCAAGAUUGAGAAGGCGUACGCACAGCAGCUCACUGACUGGUCCAAGCGAUGGAAACAGCUCGUCGAGAAAGGUCCUCAGUACGGCUCUCUGGAGCGCGCCUGGAUGGCUUUGAUGACGGAAGCUGAUAAGGUGAGCGAGCUGCACCAGGAGGUGAAGAACGGGCUCCUCUCGGAAGACUUCGAGAAGAUCAAGAACUGGCAAAAGGACUCCUACCACAAGCAGAUGAUGGGCGGCUUCAAGGAGACCAAAGAGGCAGAGGACGGCUUCAGGAAAGCCCAGAAACCGUGGGCCAAGAAACUCAAAGAGGUGGAGACUACCAAGAAGGUGUACCACCUGGCCUGCAAGGAGGAGAAGCUGGCAGCCGUGCGGGAGGCCAACAGCAAGGCAGAGGCCUCCGUCACACCCGACCAGCAGAAGAAGCUGCAGGACAAGGUGGACAGGUGCAAGCAGGACGUGCAGAAGGCAAAGGAGAAGUAUGAGAAGGCUCUGGAUGAGCUGAGCAAGAGCACCCCUCAGUACAUAGAGAGCAUGGAGCAGGUAUUUGACCCAUGCCAGCAGUUUGAGGAGAAGCGACUCAGCUUCCUCAAGGAGGUCCUGCUGGACAUCAAGAGACACCUGAACCUCACUGAGGACCAGAGCUAUGAAGCGGUGUACAGAGAGCUGGAGCAGACGGUCCGCAUUGCUGAUGCGCAGGAAGAUCUCAAGUGGUUUAAUAACUAUCACGGCCCUGCUAUGCCCAUGAACUGGCCACAGUUCGAGGAGUACAACCCUGACCUGACCCACACCAUCACUAAACGAGAGAAGGUGAAGAAGCCCAAUGAAGGAGUCACUCUGACCAGCGUCACCUCUGGGGUAGAGCAGGUGGUGCAGGCUGGGGACCGGGGCAGUGUGAGCAGCUACGACAGGAGCCAGGUGUUUUCAGCUGAGUGGUCUGACGAGGACACCCCCAACACAGGCAGCGAGACCAACGGAGGAGCUAACCCCUUCGAGGAGGAGACAGCGGCCCCUGCUGGCAAGGGUGUGCGUGUGCGGGCACUGUACGACUACGAUGGGCAGGAGCAGGACGAGCUCAGCUUCAAAGCCGGAGACGAGCUGCUGAAGCUGGGGGAGGAGGACGAGCAGGGCUGGUGUAAGGGUCGCCUCGGCAACGGCCAGGACGGCUUGUUCCCGGCCAAUUACGUGGAAUCCAUCUAGUCACCUGGUUUGCGCAUCCAAUCAGAGGGCACCUCAGACUGUACCAGCCAAUCGUUCUGCACCAGAGACUAAAGAUUAACCCUUCCCUUGCCAGACUCUUAUCAAGCAGUCUAAAAGAAACUUAGUAAAAAAAAAAAAAGACAAUAUCUAUAUUUAUCAAUUUUGUGAGAAAUGAAAAAGCAGUUAUUUAAUAUAUACACAAAGAACAAUAGACAUAUAUAUAUAUAUAUAUAUAUAUAUAUAUAUAACACCAACCAAAAGCAAGCACAGGGAGUCAUUUUGCAUUUUUGUGUCGCUGUGUUUAAUAUGAAUUUUGUGCAGCUGAUAUGGCAUUGUGUAACGGUAUGUUCUUUGAGUAUUAGUCAAUGAGACCUGUGUAGCUGUGUGGGCUACACAACGGCCACCUUGUGUAUAUUUGAUGACAUUUUGUGCAGCGGUCUUAAUGCUAUGCAGUCUUACAUUUGUUUUUGCAUAGGAAAAUGACUCUUGUGUAGCAGCAUAGCAACAACACCCUAUGUAAGGUAGGGUUUGUGUUUUGGUUAUGUUCCUGUAAGCGGUAUGUUCUGUACAAAGUGUGGGGUUUUUUUGUAUCUACUUCCAGUUGUGUGCUAUAUAAUAUGCUGUUUGUGUAUUUCAAUGAUGUUUGUCGAGCUGUGCUUAUGCUACACAUUGUGUGUUUCGCAUAGCCGAUAACAAUUUGAGUAGCAGUUAUAUAUAUUUUUACAGGAAGCAGCACAUCCUGCAUGGAAACAGUUCCUACUGAAACCCAUUCCAUCCCGUCCAGGAAAUCUUCCCCUGAAAACACAGUCAACACAUUAAUGGGCUCGGUUCUUCUUUCAAACUGAUUUUUUUUUUUAUUGUUUUCCAUUAUGGUGGUUUUAUACUUGUGUAUAUUUUACAUUACUGCUCAUGUAUUACCUGUAUUUUUUUAAAAUCCUGAUUCCUAAUCAUAUUCAUUUUCAGGCGGACGGGGUAUUUCAACAGCAAUUUGUUCUGGUAAAUCCUUGAACAACACAGAGUUCUUCGGUGCGUUCACUUUGAAUCGAUCUCGAGUUGUUCCUCUCUAGUUAGCGUGACAGAUUUACUUUCUUGCCAGAAACAGGGUGGAAGUUGCACACACACUAGAAAGCCUACUGUCAGCAAUGCAAGUCACAGAAUAUCCUUUCCAGAAACGCUGUUCAGCACGUGUCACAUUAAAUGAAACACUUCACUCUUGAGGAGCUGUAGGGAAGCUGUAAUGCAGAAAUCGCUCUUGUGUGUUCAGGGAGCCCGGUGUUGUCUUCCAGAAAGUACAAUGGAAUAAAUCAACACACACUUCAUUAUUAAUAAGGGUGGGGUACCAAACACAACAAAAGCGAGCCAAAGAAAGUCAUGUGAUCUGACCAGGAAAAGGCCAGAAAUCGACCAGCCUGAAGCAGGCUGACACUGAAUCCCAGUACUUCAGAUCUGAACCAGACUUCUCUGUGCUGCACCGUGUGACUAGAAUCCCCAGUGACUUCAAAAGAAAAACUGCUCUUCCAUCGCUUAGCAACUGGGAGACCCUUACAUCAACACAGAGCCAGUGUCCAUUUCUGUCCCACUGUUCUCUUUCCUCCCCCUGGCUCAGUGGCACACCCUAGUGGAAGAAGCCCUUAACUCCUCCCCUACUCUUAAAGGUUUGUGUUCCCGCCCCCUUUUCCAAUACGUUCUUCUUCACUUUGAAGGUACAACGCUGUUGAGCAGCCACUGAGCAACCUUCUCCAUGCUGGUCCGCACCUAUUGGAGUCUCUCUUGCUCCCUUCGCCGGACCCUUACAGUUCCUGUUCAAAACGGGCUAACAUGUGCCCAGAGCGCUGGGGACCGCCAUUGAAGAGAUGGCUAUAUCACUUAAUACAACGCUAGCAGAAGAAAUAAAUGGGCAUCUAUUAAUAGUAACUGGGUAGAAGUACAGUGAUUUUUACACUUUUUAACACCUGGAUGAAAUGCUCUACCCCUCCCCAGUGCUUACCUACCAAGCAGCUACAGAGGAUAACUUGGUUUCAGUAAAUUAAAAAAAAAAACAUAUUAACCUGGAAGCUGUGUAAUUAGCCCAAAUGAUCUUGGUCCCAGAAGCUUUAAAGACCUAAAAACUACUAAAAAAAAUACUUCUUUACCUCAUUCACAGGACUUUGACAGUUCCCUAUAUCCAGCCUAGCCGACCCGACACAGUUCUAUCUAUUAUCCUUAUCAGCCUGAAUCUGGGGUACAGACGAGAUGCAAUCAAUCUCCAGUCAUAUAUACAGUCGGAUUUUAAUAUGUACAUAGGUACGUUUCGAGGGCCAGCAAACCAAUAAGCAAGCAAAAAAAAAAAAGCAGUGUCUUAAUUAUAAAUAUAUGCAUACAUGUGGUAAAGUAGAAUGCAUUGGCUAUCUAUUGUGUUGAAAUAUUUUAUUUUAACUGCAAUUGAAUUGUAAGCCUCUAGGGGGUGCAGUGGUGUCACCCCCUUCUCUGGUUUGUAUAUGAUUAUGUAAUUUAAACAGUAUAUUAUAUUGUGUCUGUGCUACUGUGUGGAUUAUAAAAGAUGGAAAAGUAAAA